CACACACAAACAUUGCCACACGCACACAAGCAAGGGAAUAAAGCACCCAAAAAGAAACCAGCAGCCCGCAUCCCGGAUGAUAAUGUUGUUGGAUCAAUUUCACAUCUUCUGUUGGUAAUACAUUGAGACGAAAGUAAACUGCACUAUCAUCAUCAGCAACUACCCAGAGUCAUACUUGCCGCCAGCGUUAUCAUCUACCCUCGCUACUCGCCAGAAAAAUACGGCCACACAGCUUCCGAGAUUUACUGCAUAACCAUCAUCUAGCAGAGGAACACCGUACUGUGUAACUAUGGCGAAUAUGGCAGUAUCCCGCAUCAAAAGAGAGUUUAAGGAGGUUCUUAAAAGUGAAGAGAUCACACAAUGCUCUAUUAAGUUGGAAAUGGUAAAUGACAACUUUACGGAACUGAGGGGCGAGAUUGCUGGACCACCCGACACGCCAUACGAAGGAGGAAAGUUUGUGUUAGAAAUAAAGGUCCCAGAAACGUACCCUUUCAAUCCUCCCAAGGUGAAAUUUGUGACAAAAAUAUGGCAUCCUAACAUCUCGUCUGUGACUGGUGCGAUUUGUCUCGACAUACUAAAAGACAAUUGGGCUGCUGCGAUGACCCUGCGGACGGUAUUGCUAUCAUUGCAAGCACUGCUGGCAGCUGCUGAGCCGGACGAUCCACAGGAUGCGGUCGUUGCUACGCAGUACAAAGACAACCACGAAAUGUUCAUCCUGACGGCAAAGCAUUGGACCAACGUGUAUGCAGGUGGUCCGUUUGCAAAUGCCGAUUUUGAUCAGAAGGUUCAACGAUUGCGUGAUAUGGGUAUCCCGGCGUACGAUGCCCGAGCCGCCCUUUCACGCCACAACUGGCAUCUGGAACGUGCGUCUGAACAGCUAUUCAGUUAGUCUCUUUGUGGGUAAUGUUCGACCGCCUCCCGCCCCCAUACUCGAUGUUUUUAUUUGUGUUUUCCUUUGCAAAUGACGUGUUUUUUUUCUCGUAGCCAGGGUAUUCCUUUUUAAAUACAGAAAAGUGCGUUUUCGUGAAGUUUUAAAUUAAACCGUUCUCUUAAUGAUCCAAAGUACCGUUGGAAACGUUAGCAACUGAUACAAAUGUUACAUGUUUUGUGAUAUCAUCAAUCAGUAACCUUCGGUAAGUUUUUGUUUUCUGCUGGAAUACACAAAUACAGAACCACCGUCAUUUCGCAACCGAG